AUGACGCAGUGUUCGACCCAGCGGGAUUCCUCAGCUGGCUUCAAUCAACCCAACCACACCAAUCUGGAUGCCAUCGACCAAUUGACUCGCUUUGGCCAGGCCUUGAACGUCGAGCACUGGGCCACCCCAGACAGUGUCUUAAAGGCAUACUCUCCCUUCCAUGCCCCGGGGCCAACUUCCGCCAACAACCAACCUCAGCCUCAGCCCCAGGCUCAACUGCAAUUGGCCCAUCGCCCAGUAACCGCCGACGACGAAACCACACGAGAUCGAGGUGCUGCCACCAUGGCCACCGCCACGAGGAAAAGAAGUCGAGAGGGCUUUGAAAUCCACGAGGAUCCCCCACACGCUCGCACCGAGGACACUGAGAUGGUCGCUGGCUCCGAGCACCAGACCGAGGUCGAAGAAGACGAUGAUGCCGACGACCACGAUCAAGACGCUUCAGAAGAGAGCUCCGACGAGGACGAUGUUGUCGACUCCAACACACAGCGCGACAUUGAGCGUCUCCAAGACGACUUUCCCACCUUUAAUCAAAGGUACCGCCUGAUCAAGAGGAUUGGUGAAGGCACAUUUUCAACCGUAUACAAGGCCGAGGACGUUUGCUACGACAGAUACGAAAACGACUGGGACAUCGAAAAGGACGACCCGAGAACAAAAUGGAAUACCCCGCCGCUGAAGCGCUACGGCAGCAACACACCAACCACAAGAGAGCAGCCACGCCGCAAGCGCUAUGUUGCCAUCAAGAAGAUCUACGUCACGUCGAGUCCCAGCCGCAUCCUGAACGAGCUGGAGUUGCUCCACGACCUACGAAACUGCCCUGCAGUCUGCCCUCUGAUAACAGCCUUCCGCAGCACCGAUCAGGUCGUCGCUAUUCUACCCUACUUCCGCCACGAGGACUUCCGUGACUACUUCCGCCAGAUGAAGGUCUCGGACAUGGUCAUUUACCUCCGCAGCUUGUUCACUGCACUCAAGGCCGUCCACGACCACAAGAUCCUCCACCGCGACAUCAAGCCCACGAACUUUCUCUACGAUCCCCAAUCACGCCGCGGUGUGCUGGUCGAUUUCGGUCUCGCAGAGCGGGAGGGAUCCGACAGCAAGCCAUGCCUGUGCCACGAGACUAAAGAGGUCCGCAAGCACAGGAUACAGAACAGCCCCGCGGCAUCGCACAACGGACCGCAACAAGGCUACCCCAAAACGGACACUCGACCGUCGCGGCGAGCCAACCGUGCCGGCACGAGAGGCUUUCGUGCCCCGGAGGUUCUCUUCAAGUGCACAGAACAGACGACCAAGAUUGACAUCUGGUCCGCGGGUGUCAUUCUGCUGACGAUAAUGAGCAAGCGCUUUCCGUUCUUCAAUAGUGCCGACGACGUCGAGGCCAUGAUUGAGAUCGCCACCAUCUUCGGCACCAAGCGCAUGAAGAUGGCCGGCCUCCUGCACGGCGCCAUGUUCGAGACCAACAUCCCCACCGUUGGCGGUGCAGGCUUCUCGCUGGAGAAGAUCAUUUUGUGGUCAACGUGUCGUACCGACGGCGGCAAGGACGGCCAGCCCGGCAUUCCACUGACUGACGAGGAGAAGUUGGCCGUCGAGUUCUUGGGCCGCUGCCUGGAGCUCGACCCAGCCAGGAGAAUCAGUGCCAAGGAGGCAUUGGAGCACCCGUUCUUGCGGGAGCCAGAGCCCAAACCCUCGGUGGAGACGGAGGAUGACGAGAUGGACAUGUUGGAGGCGUAA